AUGCGACGUGAAGUAAGAAUUUUGCUUGUUGGAGACGACGGUGUUGGGAAGAGCACAUUGAUAACUUCUCUUACCAGGGAAACUUAUGUUUCUGACCUUCCGCACGUCGUGCCUGAAGUUACGAUUCCACCUGAAAUUACUCCCGAGAAUGUAACAACACAUAUCGUAGAUUC